AUGUAUGAUCGAGCGCCCAGGAUCACACAUAAAACAUCAAGCAGCACCUCGCCUGAAAUUGGACCAGGAUCCUAUAAUAUCAGCAGUUCUCAGAGCAAAAGAGAUGCCUACGCCCCGUUCCUCUCAUUAUCCAAUAGAGAGUCUGGGUUCCUGAGGUCGGGCAGUAAUGUUCUCUCUCCUGGCCCGGGACAGUACAACAGUGACAUCACCAGAAGUCACAUUUUGGGAGGACAGAGUCUUCAGAACCGAUCAAAGCGGUUUGAGGAUGUGGUCUCGUACGUGCCAGGUCCAGGGGCGUACAAUGUUUCGCUCGAUGCUUCAACUGCAAGAAAAAAAAAUUAUAAUCCAGAGAAGAGCCUGAAGGGUGUUUUUAAAGAGGUGAAGGUGCAGCUGAAUCCCGAGGCUCCGUCCAUCCCGUCUCCUGGACAGGCGUUUGGAUAUGAAGAAAAUACUCGAGGUGUUCUGCACAGAUACAAACCCCCCACCAGAGACCAGACCCUCGGCCCAGCCUUCUACAAUCUUGUACCGGAAGAGCUGUCCUUCUCACAGAGGUAUAAAGGUGUACACUUCGGUAAGAUGACGGGACGGAGAGAGCCGGUAAAGACUGGAGAAGGACCUGGACCGGGACAAUAUGAAAUACAGGAGGAUCGAACUGCCCGCUAUGAAAACGUGAAUCUCCGGCGAGAGCAAAGAGGUCGCUCAGAGCUUGUCAUCCCUCGAUACCAUGAGCUGGUCCCUCUACAGGAGGAGAAGAAGGGUAUCCCUGGUCCAGGACAAUACCACAUAAAGGGUCAGUUUGAGAUGCCAAAAAACCCACAUGGAGUUCCUGUGAAUAGUCCACCCUUCUUGUCUCAAGCUCAGCGGUUUAGUCCGGUCAAGGAUGAAACGCCCCCUGUGGGUGCGUACGAUGACCCGCGCUCUGCUCUGGAGACUUUGAUGAAAGGAAGAGGAGUGAAAAAGAGUCCUUUUGGCCUGACAGCUGUACGCUUUCUUCCAGAACACCAAUCGAAAACCACACCAGGUCCUGGUGCUUAUAAUGUGUUUGACUAUGGCCUGGCGCAGGAGAGUUUGAAGAAAGCCUAUCUAGAGAGCACAAGGAAAGGCGCCUUCGGCUCUGUCGUACCACGCCGGCUUUUCAUCCCCAAUAAAGAGGAGAUGAGCAGGCCGGGGCCGGCGCAGUACAAGGUGGAAAAGACAAAGGAACAUUUGUACAAGAAACAGAGUACAGCUGCUUUUAAAUCUGCAACCGACAGACUUGCGGGUUCCCUGCUUUCCAAAGAUACUCCUUCGCCGGGCUCGUAUAACGUGUGUGAAUCGUUUGAGAAGAUUCAUGGCCUCCAUCACUACAGCGAGCCACGGAACGAGAAAGCAUGGAAACGUCAGAACAGCUUCCUGUCUGCGGCGCCCAGAAGCCCUACCUUCCUCCACUAUGAUCCUGAAACCCCAGGUCCAGGACAUUACAGUCCAGAUAUUAAGUCCGGCCCUAAACUUGCACUGAUUGGCUCAAAAGAAGAUCGCUUCAAAAGCCCUAAAGAAAUCACCCCAGGACCCGGAGCAUAUGAGUUUAGUCCAGUCGUCAUGGACACAGUUCUGAAAGGCACCUUCAACGUGACGCUUCAAAACCCUUUGACAUCCAGCACUAGAUCUUUGCCUUCACGGAAAUCUCUGAGAAAACCCUCUGCCCACAGCGGUGCCUGA